AUGGCCACUCUGAUCCGGAGCAAGCUUUCCAACGUCGCCACCUCGGUUUCCAACAAGUCCCAGGCCAAAGUGAGCGGCAUGUUUGCGAGGAUGGGCUUCCAGGCGGCUACCGAUGAAGAGGCGGUGGGCUUUGUUCAUUGCGAUGACCUGGACAUGGAGCACAGGCAAGGGCUUCAGAUGGACAUCUUAAAGUCGGACGCCAGCGAAGAAGGAGCCGAGCCUCCCCUAGAAGGGGAUAUCCAUUACCAAAGGGAUGGCACGGGUCCCCUGCCCCCGUCAGCCUCCAAGGACGAGGGCAUAUGCUCGGAGCUCUCCGGCCAAGGCAAGCCCAAGAUCACCGCUUGGGAAGCUGGGUGGAAUGUCACCAACGCAAUCCAGGGGAUGUUUGUUCUUGGCCUGCCCUAUGCUAUCCUUCAUGGUGGAUAUCUAGGACUCUUUUUAAUUAUUUUCGCUGCAGUAGUUUGCUGCUACACUGGGAAAAUCCUUAUUGCCUGUCUUUACGAAGAGAAUGAAGAUGGGGAGAUAGUCAGGGUGAGAGACUCCUAUGUCGACAUUGCUAACGCUUGCUGUGCUCCCAGGUUUCCCAAGCUUGGGGGGAGGAUUGUGAAUGUGGCUCAGAUCAUUGAGCUGGUCAUGACCUGUAUUCUCUAUGUGGUGGUCAGUGGGAACCUGAUGUACAACAGCUUCCCAAACUUGCCUGUCUCCCAGAAAUCUUGGUCUAUCAUUGCCACAGCUGUGCUCCUGCCUUGUGCUUUCUUGAAGAACCUCAAGGCUGUCUCGAAGUUCAGCUUGCUCUGCACCUUAGCCCACUUUGUGAUCAACGUUUUGGUGAUUGCCUACUGUCUCUCCAGAGCACGUGACUGGGCUUGGGACAAAGUCAAGUUUUACAUUGAUGUGAAGAAGUUCCCCAUCUCCAUUGGCAUCAUUGUCUUCAGCUACACCUCCCAGAUAUUUCUGCCUUCCUUAGAGGGGAACAUGCAGCACCCCAAGGAGUUUCAUUGCAUGAUGAACUGGACUCACAUAGCAGCUUGCAUUCUCAAGGGACUCUUUGCCUUGGUAGCCUAUCUAACCUGGGCUGAUGAGACUAAAGAAGUCAUCACAGACAACUUGCCAUCCACCAUUAGGGCGGUAGUCAACCUUUUCUUGGUGUCCAAAGCUUUGCUUUCCUACCCAUUGCCCUUCUUUGCAGCUGUGGAAGUCCUGGAGAAGUCCCUUUUCCAAGAUGGAAACAGGGCGGUCUUUCCUAACUGUUAUGGGGGUGAUGGGAGGCUCAAGUCCUGGGGACUCACCCUCAGGUGUGCCCUAGUAGUUUUCACCUUGUUAAUGGCUAUCUACGUCCCUCAUUUUGCCCUCCUGAUGGGUCUUACAGGGAGCCUCACAGGUGCAGGCCUCUGUUUCCUGCUCCCAAGUCUCUUCCACCUCAAGCUCUUGUGGAGGAAGCUCAUGUGGCACCAUGUUUUCUUUGAUGUUGCCAUUUUCGUUAUAGGUGGUAUAUGCAGCGUGUCUGGAUUCAUCCAUUCUUUAGAAGGCCUCAUAGAGGCUUACGGUUCCAACAUAGAAGACUAA